AUGGGAUAUAAUAUCGUUCUUGUGAUGCGCGACAUUCUCAUAGAGAAUUCUAGUCGGGUCUCUGCAGUAACGAUGAGGCGCUGUUUUCCUUCGGACGUCGACCUGCUUCUAAAGCACGUCAAUCGCAACAUCUUUGAACGAGUGGUGGUCUACUAUGACCAGGAAGACAUCUUGCACAUGACCCCAGCAGCUCCGCUUGCAUUGUUUUUUGGGAGCGAAAACCAUGCGAUACGAGUCAUAAACAUCGUAAAUUCUUUCCCCUUGGUCACGAUCAACGAACUCCAUUCGUUAUUCAUGAAUUGCCCAAACCUCGUCGAGUUCAAACUCCACCAUACAUCAAUUCUGAAGCUAUACUCACUCGAUGAGCAGGAGCCGGCGGACAUUAUUGAGCUGCCUCAUCUGAAGCGACUCGAGCUUCACACUGUACGUUCUCUUGCCGAUAAGCUUCACGCGCUUUUUGCCCUCCUCAAAUUAUCACCGUCGGCGGAGAUCCAUAUUGUCGGCAAGGACAUCACACCCAUGUGGGCUGAAAAGCUUCUCGACACUCUGUGUGCAAGAUGUGGGGAAUGCACAGAGCUAAGACUCGAGUGGGUCAAUGACCGACUCGCCGUUUAUCGCGCCGCCUUAGCCGGCACUCCUGACUGCAUCUUCUCUAUCUCCAUGGAGCGGCGCUUAGACGAGAUCAUGUCGUGGCGAUUUCAACAGCAUAUCAAGUCAAUGCUGGGGAACGUAAAGGUGUUCGUCACCGACGACGAUGACGAAGAAGAGUGGGAAAGCUGGGCCUGGCUCUUCGAUUCCAUGCUCAAUACCGAGAUACUCGAGCUCGCCAAGUCGCCGAAAAAGCGCGCAUAUUCUAUCGGGAAGCCUUUUCCCAGCUUCGAGGCGCUUUUUGAGGCGCUUAAAGCCCGUAGACUUUACACUUUCGGAGCUCGCACAUUCUUCAAACUGCGUCUUCCAAAGCUCACGACCGUCGAGCUGAAGGAAGGCAUUGGACCGGGUCAAGUCUCUGUCUUCAACAGCCUUCUUGCCUGCUACAAGACGCGCAGCAACUCGGGCCGUCCGUUGCGGCUGAUGGUUGCUCCUGAACCAUAUUGGUUGGGAUCGCGCGCCCUUCUAGAGCUUCUGACUGUGACAAACGGCAUCGCCACACGAUUUCAGCCAGUAUUGGGCUCGCCUUUAUAUGACCGCGUGUAUACCGAGUCAGAUGGAUGGGUGUACAAGCCAUGUGUAAAACACAUAAAAAACUGUGAAGUGGAAAUUCCAAUCGUCGAGCACGGCAUGGUACUGUAA